CCAGAAAGAUCGAUUCAGCUCAUCAAAUCAACUAUUGGAGGCAUGAAAGUGAAGAUCUCACAAAAAAAGAUGCAGAAAAAGCUCCAACUUCCCAACUCUGGAAUUGAAAUUGGGAAGCUCUCGUCCAAGAAUCUGGACUGGAAAACUAUUGGAAUUUCUGGGCAAAUCCCCUCUAGCUCAGCAAAGAAAGCCGUUUUGAAAAACGACUACAAAUUGGUUCUGGAGCUAGUCAUUGCAUGCCUUGAAUGUGGAAGCGGAGGACAUGUAGAUGACAUUAAUCAGGAAAGGGCAUUCAUCAUCAAUGCCCUCAUUACCAGAACCAAGGAAAAUUCGGCUAAACACUUCUUCAAUUCCAUUUCUAACCACUUAGGGAAGCGCAAACAGAAGUAUUUGUGUCAAGGAUUGUACCUUGGGUACAUUUUGGAAUCCAUGGGUGUUGCCUCUGAAGGCAAGAAGUAUGAUGCCAGAUAUUGGCUCUACUAUCUGUCUUCCAAAGGAGAAAACAGAGCAAGUUCAACUGCAGGGGAUGAAGGCUCUUCAGACAAUGUCCUCAUUGUGAGUCUGAAGAAGUCAUCAAAAAGGAAGCUUGUGGUGUCUCCCUCCCCCAGUGCUGAAGCACCACAAAACCUUGCUUUGGUUAAUUUGGAUGAAGAAGAAGAAGUUCCUGCUCAUGGUGAACUUCAGAAGAAGAAGAAAAGAAGAAUCUCCUCUCCCUCCACAUCUGGAAAUGCCAACCUGGAUGAGUUGCUCUACUAUGAUUGGAGAGCUUGGAAAGUUGGAAACUCUGCAGAUCAGUUGAUUGAAUGGGAUCAACAACUGAAAAAUGAGAAGGUUAUCAAGAGAUGUUUGGGACUGCCAAUCAACCACUGUUGUGAGCAAUUUCUAGAUGAUAACUGGAUUGACAUGGAAGCAACAGCAGAGGAUUUCCAAAUUUUUCCGGAAACCUCCCCUGCUUUUGAAACUGUUCUGCCAGAAGCUGUCCAGGAAGAUGCAAACUCUCCCCUGCAAGAACAGAAUCAAGAAAUUUCAAACGAAGAACUUCAGCAACUCCUCCAAUCUCAAGUUCUAGAGAUUCUCACAACCCCUUGUGAGAUCUCCAAAUCAACUGAACUUGAGAUUCGGGAGAAGUCAAAUGAAAAUAUGGAGAAGUCCACUCCUCCAGAAACAAAUGAAGCUCGUCAGGAAGACUCAGCAGUUGAAGUCCAGAGAAGUUUUGCAGAAGCUGAAGGAGAAGGUCAAAUAGCUAGGCUAGAGGCCUCUGAACCUCCAGUAACUAUCCUAGAGCAGCAAGCUGAAGAUGAAGUCAGAGAUUCCCUCUCUAGGGAAAUCUCAAAUUAUGCAAAUAAAGAGACAGAAGAAGAGUCAGUGAAGACUCUGAAGAUUGAUCAAGAAGAAGUUGAGCAAGGAGAUGAUGUUGAAUCCCUCCCUCUGCAACUCUUCCACAGAGUACCUUCUUCAAAACAGCAGAGCAAUCCGCAGAACUCAAUCCAGCAUCUAUCAAACACUGAGUGUGAUGGAACAGAAGCUAUAGGAACCAUUGUCUCCUACUUCACAAAUGAUGCCCAAACAGAAGAAAGAUAUAACAACCUCAAGCGCAUACAGGAAGAAUGUGGAGUUAUGCAAGGCAUUGGUGAGAUUGCCGAAUCAUCUAAGCGCAAGAAGAAGUAAAGGCUCUUUUCAUCAAAAUAGGGGGAAGUAUUGAAAACAUUAUUUAUGUUUUGAUGAAAACACACCUUCUUGUUUAAACAUGGGUUUUGGUUUAAACAUUGCUUAAUACUUCUCUCAAUUAUACUUGAUCAUAUUCAUUUUAAGUAUCAUUUUUGAGAUUCAUUAUUAAGAGCAUACAUUCAGGGGGAAUAUAAUUCAGGGGAACUU